CCGCGCGCCGAGCCGCCGCCAUCUUGCGGAAGUGCGAGGCGGCGGCGGCGGGUCGGUACCGGCACCGGCACCGGGCCGAGGUCAGACCCCCUCCGGGCCGGAGAGGGGAAGGACGUGUUGGCAGAAGGCGGGGGUCGUGAUGUUUCACGGUAUCGCGGGCCCACCGGGCGUGGGAGCCCCCGGGAACAAGCCGGAGCUGUACGAGGAGGUGAAGCUCUACAAGAACGCGCGGGAGCGAGAAAAGUACGACAACAUGGCCGAGCUCUUCGCCGUGGUGAAGACGCUGCAGGCGCUGGAGAAGGCGUACAUCAAGGACUGCGUCUCUCCCAACGAGUACACCGCGGCCUGCUCCCGGCUCCUGGUCCAGUUCAAAGCCGCCCUCAAGCAGGUGCAGGGCUCUGAGAUCAGCUCCAUCGACGAGUUCUGCCGCAAGUUUCGGCUCGACUGCCCGCUGGCCAUGGAGAGGAUCAAGGAGGAUCGGCCCAUCACCAUCAAGGACGACAAGGGCAACCUGAACCGCUGCAUCGCCGACAUCGUCUCUCUCUUCAUCACGGUGAUGGACAAGCUGCGCCUGGAGAUCCGAGCCAUGGACGAGAUACAGCCUGACCUGCGGGAGCUGAUGGAGACGAUGAACCGCAUGAGCCACCUGCCCCCCGACUUCGAGGGGCGGCAGAAGGUGAACCAGUGGCUGCAGACGCUCAGCGGCAUGUCCGCCUCCGACGAGCUGGACGACUCCCAGGUGCGGCAGAUGCUCUUCGAUCUGGAGUCGGCCUACAACGCCUUCAACCGCUUCCUGCACUCCUGAGGCGCCCCGCUCCCCGGCGCCCGCCGCCACAUCCCCGUAGCGCCCGGUCUGGGUGCUUGGGCCCUGCCUCCCAGGCUUCACCAGCGUCACCAGCAACCUGCAGCAGCUCAGCUGCUCCAGCCUCUGUUGGUGGCUGCAGCCGGCCCGGUCUGCACGCCGCCUGUACCGUGGAGGACGGGCAAUAAAGCCUCCUUGGCCGGCGGUCGCCA